AUGUCGUCUAGCUUAUUCUCAUCAACAGAUUGUUCGGCUGAUAUUGCUUUCUCGAAAUUGCCCUUUGGGGAAGAAGUCAGUAAAUCAAUCCCAUUAGGACCAGAGUCCAACAAGUACAACAGUGCCAAUUAUUCCCAAACCUACAGAAAUAAAGCAUAUUCAGAAAAGUUGAUUGAUUCAAUUCACCCUGACUUGAACACCCAUGCAAAGUUAUUCAAUCAUGCUGCCAAAGUUUAUGCCGGUCGUCCAUGUUUGGGAGCCAGACCCUACGACUACGUGCACAAAAAGCUGGCUAACCAUUAUGAGUACAUCACUUAUGCUGAAACCAACACAAAGAAGAAACAUAUUGGUGCUGGAAUCAUCAAGUCACUUAAUGAUAACCAAUAUCUUAACUUGGAAUUGAAAUCGCAUCGGAAAGUUGCCAACCAUUUAAAAGAUUGGAAAACUUAUGGCGUUCCCAACUACCUCCGUGACAAUAAAGAUCACAUAAUAGAAAGAAGCUGCUCCUUUAUAUUGUCUAUUUUCGCUGUCAACAGAAUGGAAUGGUUAUUGACUGACUUGGCUUGUUCGGCAUACUCAAUCACAAACACAGCUUUAUACGACACAUUAGGACCAGAUGUCUCACAAUAUAUUUUGAACUUAACAGAAAGUCCUAUUGUUGUUUGCACCGUUGACAAAGUGAAACCACUCCUCGAUUUGAAAAAGAAUUACCCAGGUGAGACAAAAGCGUUGAUUUCAAUUGUUAUUAUCGAUCCCAUAAAGUAUCUUGACCCCGAUUUGAUGGAUUUGGCCAAAGAAUUGAAAGUUGAAGUCACUGAUUUACAAGCCAUUGAAUCUUUAGGAGAAGCAAAUCCUCUUGAAGAAUUACCACCUACUCCAGAUGCUAUCUUUACCAUAUCUUUUACAUCAGGAACCACUGGUUCCAAGCCAAAGGGGGCUAUGAUUCCACACAGAAGUGCCUCAUCUUAUAUUACAUUCAUAGCCUGUUAUGAACCACAGGCAAAAUUGGGCGAUAUUGCUUACAUUUUUCUCCCCUUGACACAUUUAUUGGAAAGGGAAACCAGCGCUUUUGCAUUCUCUGGUGGAUACGCAUUGGGCUUCCCUCAAACAACUGUUGGACAAACUGGCCUCAAUACAUUUUCAAUCAUGGUUGAUGACUUGCGGGUGUUGAAACCAACAUACAUGUCUAUUGUUCCAAGAUUAUUGACAAGAUUGGAGAGUUUAAUUAAAGAGAAAGUUAGAGAGCUUAGCUCGGAUGAACAACAUAAAGUGAAUCAAAUUAUCCAGUAUAAGCUUCGCGAGCAAGCCAAGUUUGAUGGGUCUGCAGCCUAUGAUGCCACUUUCGACUCGUAUCCGCCUUAUGAGAACUUGCGAAAGUUUAUUGGGUAUGAUAGAUUGAGAUGGGUCCAGACAGCUUCAGCACCAGUCGCGGCAACUACUUUAUCUUACCUCAAAGCAAGCUUGAAUAUGGGUGUGCGUCAAAUGUAUGGAUUGACGGAAUCUGGAGCUGCUAUUACUUGUACUGGUGCAUAUGACGCACAAGCAGGAACUUGUGGAUCUAUUGCGCCAACAGCCGAGUACAGAUUACGCAGUGUCAGAGAUAUGGGAUACGAUAUUGCCAAAUUGCAAGGAGAGGUGAUGUUGCGAGGACAACAAAUGUUUAAAGGAUAUUACUACAAUCAAGAAGAAACUGACAAGUGUAUCAACGAGCAUGGUUGGUUUCAUUCAGGAGACAUUGCCACAGUUGAUGAGAAUGGAAGAAUCACAAUCAUUGAUCGAGUAAAGAACUUCUUCAAAAUGGCUCAAGGAGAGUAUAUAUCUCCAGAAAAGAUUGAAAAUCGUUAUUUGUCAUCAAAUACAAUCAUCAAUCAAUUAUACGUCCACGGAAACUCCUUGAAAUCGUAUUUAGUUGGAAUUGCCGGUAUUGAUUACGAACAGGGAUUGAAAUUCCUCAACAGUGAAUUUGGAAUCAACAAGAUUGGCAUGAGUGAAGAGGAAUUGUUGAACCAUUUGAACAAGAUUGAAGUCAAGACAAAGUUGUUGACAAAGUUGAAUGAUAAUGUUCGUAAUCAACUAAACGGGUUUGAGUUGCUACACAAUAUUCAUAUUGAAGUGAAUCCAUUAACGGUGGAUCGGGAUGUGGUUACACCAACAUUCAAGUUGAGGAGGCCAAUUGCUCAAAAGUUUUUUGCCAAGGCCAUUCACAAGUUGUAUGAAGUUGAACAAAGCUUGUUUUCUGAGGUAAAGAUGGGAAUUGCCAAAUUGUAG